CAAAAUAAAUAGGUACGCCAAGGAAAUUUACUACUGAAAUAUUAUUGUAUUGUUAUUUAAGUGYAUAGUAUUGGCGUCAAAAAAGUUUACUACCUAGUAAUUUACGUUUUAUGUAAUAAUAGUUUGAACAUACGAAWACACGAUAUUGUAGACGUGGAAAAAAAAUUCAUCGAAUCGUAUUGCAAUCGGGUAAAAACUCAAUAGAUUAGUUAUAAAUGUUCAGCUCUCAAAAAAAGAUUGGAAAGAAGACUAAUAAGCAAAAUGAGUAGAGUGCAGAGCCCUCUAGUAUUUUUAAAAAAAAAUGAAUAAAUAUCCCGAAAACAUAGAAAUUGUCCGUGCAACAGAAGAACACAGAUCAAAUAUCAAAUCAACAAUGAAGGAUUUUUAUAUAGAUGAACCGGUUUUCAAAGUUCAGAAAAUAGAUGUUGAAAAAUUAGAUAAAUGUUUUUAUGAACCCAAAGAAGGAAACUUCACAUUAGUAGCUAUUGAUAAAAAUAAUAAAGCUGUAGCAUCUUUAGCUAUAAACAGUAUUACAAAACCUGAUAAUGCAUUGAAACAAAAAAUAUAUGCUGAUUUAUACAGAGAAAGCAAUAUAGAAUUAUAUAGUGCUUUAAGAUUUUGGUCAUCAAUUCAGAGCGAGCCAUGUCUAUUCAAAAUGUUAAAUGUAGACAAAAUGUGGGAGAUUAAAACUUUAGCAACAGCAAAACAAUACCGUAGUCUUGGAUUGUCGACAGCUGUUGCCAAACAAUCAUUUGAAGCAGCUUUACUCAAUGAUGAUGUCUCGGUUAUUUGCAUGGACUGUACUAAUUAUUUCAGUGCAAAAAUUGCUCAGAAUCUAGGCAUGGAGUGUGUGGUAAAAAAACAUUUUAGCGAAUACAAAGAUGAUAAUGGGCAACCCUGGCUUAAGAACAUGCCUGAACCGCCAAAUGACACAGUAAAAGUGUUUAUUUUUAAGAAAAAAAAUUAUAUUAAUAAUGUCUUAAUACCUACGUAAACAUAUAACAAGCUAAUUAAUUAUUAUACUCAAUAGCAUCUAUAUAUGACGUAUGUAUAUAUAUUUAUUAAUAAAAAGAAUAGUAUGCAUUUUGCAAAGCAUUGUGAAAUUCACAA